CUGGUUGCAGUGUACGAAGAGCAGGACCCACACAAUGGAGGUGAUGGAACCAGCGCCAGCUCCACAGGAACCCAGAGUCCAGACCCUUUUGCCGGUGAGAUGAAUGCAGCAUCAGCAUUCCAACCUUACCAAGCUGCCAGUGAGAUCGAAGUCACAACAUCUGCUCUACGAUCAAGCAUGUCGUUGAAUGUCCGUCGAAGCAGCGACCCCUCCGUGGCUGACAUCCCUCCAGGAGAGGUCAUGAUUGGUCAAGAGGAACCAUCGAGGAGGAAUCCGGCUCGCUGGUCCACAACACCUGGUUUCCAGAAGUACAGCGUUAUGCCAAACACACAGGGUGCCACGGGCACCAUAGAACAGGGAAGAGGAGCCCAAGUCUAUCGGAGUCUUCCUCGUGAUGCGACUACCUGGGCUGCUCAGUUUCAGAGAAACAUGAUUCGUUCUUCCCUUAGUGCCAAUCAUCCAAUGGUCGACCAAUGGCUUGACCAACAGGAACAGGAGGAGGAGGAAGCAGACCGAAGAACAUACGAAAGGAGAAUUGAGCGAAUCGAGCCUGUAGGGAGGGCCGACUCUUCGCUGGAGCGUUCACCUGUGUUAAGUCUUGAAAGCAUGCUCAAGCCGGUCGAAGUGUCCAAUGAAGGAGGGCCCCUGGGGAUCCACGUAGUUCCUUUCAGUUCACAGGAUGUUAGGACUCAGGGCUUGCUGGUGAAGCGUUUGGAGCCUGGAGGAAAAGCUGAGAAAGAGCGUCUCUUCCAGGAAAACGACUGCAUAGUCAGGAUUAAUCAGGGAGACAUUCGCAAACUGCGCUUUGAACAAGCUCAGAACAUUUUCAGGCAGGCGAUGCGUUGCCAGCGCAUUCUUUUCCAUGUGGUGCCUGCGUCCAUGAAGAGGCACUAUGAUGUACUUGCGGCUCAGAACGAGCUUAGUCCACCCCAGUCGCACAGGGUCCGCUUUAGCCAAGACCCCCAGCAACCAGGGGACCGGACAAGUAUGGGUGCAGGGAUGCCACCCACAUCUGGACAGCAAAGCAUCAAUCACAAUCAUCAAGGUCCCCUGUCAGGAAGCACCCCAGAACCAAGUCGGCGGUAUGCCACUUUACCGCAUGCCUUACCUCACCCCUUAAUCUCCAGGACCCCAUCAGCGCCUUCUCCCUCCUUGCAGCGUAGAAUAAGCACAACCCCAUCCAACAUCUUCUACCAAAAGAAAAAGGGACGCAGCUUCAACAUCCAGCUGAAGAAAGGCGCAGAGGGUCUUGGAUUCAGCAUCACGUCCAGAGAUGUCCCUAUUGGUGGAAGUGCUCCUAUUUACAUUAAAAACAUUCUUCCUCGAGGGGCUGCCAUCCAAGAUGGACGACUGAAAGCUGGAGACCGGCUGUUGGAGGUUAGUGGAGUGGACCUGAAUGGAAAGAGUCAGGAGGAAGUGGUGGCCCUACUUAGAGCUACCCCCAUGGAUGCGAUGGUGAACUUGCUGGUGCUUCGUCAGGAUGACCCCAUACUGCCUCGAGAAGUGUGGAACUCACCAUCACUUUUUCAAUUUAGCCAAAAACAGGAGGAUGACAUAGUGCUAACUCCAGAUGGGACGCGGGAGUUUUUGACCUUUGAGAUCCCGCUCAAUGACUCAGGCUCAGCAGGCUUGGGAGUCAGCGUUAAGGGGAACCGGUCCAAGGAGAGCCAAGCUGAUCUUGGAAUCUUCGUGAAAUCUAUUAUUAAUGGAGGAGCUGCUAGUAAGGAUGGCCGUCUUCUUGUCAAUGACCAACUCAUUGCUGUCAAUGGAGAGUCGCUGAUUGGGAUGACCAACCAGGAUGCCAUGGAAGCACUUCGAAAGUCCAUGUCGGUAGAGGGCAACAAGCGAGGAAUGAUUCAGCUCAUUGUGGCGCGACGACUGAUUAAGGACAGUGAGGAAGCCUAUGCUAGCCCGGGGAUGCUGGAGUUUCCCAUUAAGUCUCCUUCAGAAAACAAUGACGAUCCAAACUCCCAGUUUGUUUAUGAAUCUAUUGACAGCUUGGACAACACGCCUACAACCCGGGCUAAUGUACCUGCACGCAACGGUCACUUCCAGCUCUCUCCAACUGUCAACAUGCCACAAGAUGACACAGUGAUGAUUGAGGACGAUAGGCCACCACCGCUUCCGGCCCACCUGUCUGACCAUUCGUCCUCCAGUUCCCACGACGACAUGGGCUUUGUAGGAGAAAACCCAGUUGUCUGGGUUCGCGAGAUGCCCGGUCAAAACGAAUGCUCUCUAAGUCCCGAUGCAGAACCUGAUGCUGCAUUCCAGAGAGAAGGCUUCGCCCGGCAGAGUAUGUCAGAAAAGCGCUCCAAGCAGUAUGACAGCCCAGCUCAUCUGGACAUCAUCAAGAACCGCAAGUCCAAAAGCAUGGAUCUUGGUUCUGAAGAGCGACAAUUUGGAGCUUCCCCUGAUUUAAAAAAGUCCAGCUCCAUGGAGAGUCUCCACAACCCUGCUGCUGAGGUUAUAAUGAACGAAGAGCUCAACGUCCAAAGGAUGCCCUCGCGGAUCAUCAGGGGUCGAGGCUGCAACGAGAGCUUCCGGGCGGCUAUAGACAAAUCCUAUGUGCAGCGUGGUUUCAUAGCAAAGGAAGAGAACAGCGUUGAGACAUUGGAUGAAGACACAGAGGAAAGCUUUCCUUCAGGUCAGGAGUCCAUGUCCACCAGCGGCGAUCUCAGCCUCGGUGGCGGGCUGGCUGAUGACAAGCAGAAAGAUGGCGCCACGGGCGGGCCAAAGGAAAUCAAGAAAGGGGAGAAGGAGAAAGACAAGGACAAGAACAAAGCAAAGAAGGGUGUUCUGAAAGGCCUGGGUGAGAUUCUCAG